CUGGUUGCUGCAGACGUGUUGGAAGUUCCGAACAGUGCUGAUCGCCGAGCUAUAUACAUCGCCCGUCGCUUAUUUUUUUUUUUUUCAAAUUUCGAGCGCAAAUAUUUUUGUUUUCCCCCCUCAACCGAACAGAAAACAGAAUUUAUAGCCCGACGAGUUAUUCACCUACAGGAUGCCAAGAUGAGGUCGCCGUCGUUCACAAGCAGCAACCUCGUCUGGUCCGCCAACUCAGUCAGGUCGACCAAAAUGGUUCGAAAGUCAGCGGGAACUGCCGCCGGUGCGCGCUGGUCUUUGGCCUUGCUCACGAUGGUCAUCGUUCACGUUCAAGUCACUGCGGCCAGUUGGUGGUUAUUAGGAACUCCUAGCGUGUACCAAAGUACCUUGGAACUGACACCGACCAGCUACAAGGACCACUGCAAGCGACUUUAUUACCUGGUUGAGAAGCAGCGCGAACUCUGUGGGCUUUCGCAGAACGUCUUAUCGACAAUUAGCUUAGGUGCCAAAAUGGGCAUCAGCGAGUGUCAGAGCCAAUUCCGGUCUCAGCGCUGGAAUUGUUCCACCUUUGACGAGUCCACAACCGUCUUCGGAGGCGUCUUAUCAAUUAGAAGUCGAGAGAGGGCCUACGUAUACGCCAUCAGCUCCGCCGGAGCUGCCUAUGCUGUGACGCGGGCUUGUUCGCGCGGAGAAAUUACUGAAUGCGGUUGCGACGGCAAGAUACGCCAGAAACCCUCGAAAGGCUUCGAAUGGGGCGGCUGCUCAGAGGACAUCACGUUUGGAGAAAGGUUCAGCAAAGAAUUUGUGGACGCUCGGGAAGACAACCAGCAAGCUGAAGGCCUCAUGAACCUGCAUAACAACGAGGCCGGAAGAAGGGCUAUUCGGAGUCGAAUGGAGCUGGUGUGCAAGUGUCACGGUGUCUCUGGAUCUUGCUCCAUGAAAGUUUGUUGGCGCAAAAUGGCGGCAUUCUCGGAGAUCGGGGCUGCUUUGAUGGAGCGCUUUGAAGGGGCUUUCCAGAUGACUUACCGUGGUGGCGGCAUGGCCACUACUAGCCAGGCCGGCAUUAGCCCCAGCGUCGGCAGCGUCGGCGUCGCCAAGAAACUCAAGAAAAAAUUACUCGUCGUCGACAAGAACAUGAAAAAGCCGACCAAAAAGGAUUUAGUCUACUUGGAUGACUCGCCAGACUACUGCGAGCGCAACCAAACGUUAGGCGUGCUGGGUACUAAGAGCCGAAUUUGCAACAAGACUAGCAAAGCCAUCGAUGGUUGUAGCCUAUUGUGCUGUGGCCGGGGUUACCAAACGCGCUGGAUCGACCUUGAAGAAAAAUGCAACUGUCGAUUCGUUUGGUGCUGCCACGUCCAGUGUGAAAUUUGCAAACAACGCAAAGAACUCCAUCUCUGCAACUGAUCUGAGGUGGUGGACAAUUGCUUGCCCGCCUAUCUGUACUAUCUACAAAAAUAUUGUGACGAAAAACGACGAGCCACCUGACAUUUGACACACUCUUCUGGAAUGAGUAUUAUUACAUCUAUAUAACACUUCUGUUUCAUGCGGUCCCCGUUUUUCCAUAUUUCGAAUUUCAAAAAACCAGUAACACAUUUAUGACGGUACUUGUACGGACGAUUUGCUACGUACAUGACAAGAGCCAAGCUCAAUAGCAGACCGAAAGGUCGCAACAGGCGAAAAGGCGAAUUUUUAAAAAUCUUGCGGAAUUGAGAUAAUCUUUGAACGCUGCUUAUAAUUAUACCCAUCACUCAAGUAGUCUGUAUAUUUAAAUUUAUUCGACGGCCAUCACUUAAAAAAAAAAAUUCUAAAUUCUUCCGGCAAAUCCAUGAACCCGUGUGUGUGUGUGUGCGUUUUUUUUUUAAUCUUAUAAUUAAAAACAGUGAAAUCCAUAAAGAGCCAUACAUCAAAUAGUUUCAUCUAAUGGUUGCUUAACUCUCACGUUUGAUUGUCGUGUCAUCAUGUGUCCUUCGUUCUGGGUCUUAUAGGAACCACCUCGUUCCCAUAGGAAAACCACAACGCUAUAUUCAUUUUGAAAACAUUUGUAAAUAACCAGUCUUGUCCGGUUGUACCGAGAAUGGGAUGACGUUGUCUGAUGUGUCGCAUUUCUAGGCUUUGUCCAAUUUGCGGAAAAUAAUACACACAACUCCCGAUACGGAAUCUUA